AUGGAAGUUCUUCUACAUUUUAGCCAUGAGCAUCCUCUGAUUUUCAAUGAAGAGAGAAGCCAUGAAAGUGAGGUUUAUUGCAGUGCCUGUGGAGAGCUAGUGUUAGGUCCAAGGUUUAGCUGCAUGGAAUGUGGGUUUCAUCUCGACAAGAAUUGCGCCGAGGCACCUGAUGUGAUGAAUCAUCCCUUUCAUCGCAACCAUAACCUUGAGCUUAAGGCAAGCUCUCCGUAUGAUGAAGGUAGCCCUCUCUGUGGUUUCUGCAAUAAUAUAUGUUGGAAUUUUCUUUAUCAUUGUUCUUGUAAUUUCGACUUUCACAUCAAAUGUGCUUUUCUUUCAUACAAAGUUCUUAAAAAUGACUUUAGAGAGCUUCAACACCUCGUCCCAAUAAUCUCUUCUGAAGGCCAUUCACGAGAACUUGAAAAAGCUCAGUGUUUUGCAUGUCAAAAGUCCUUACUAGAUUCUGUUUACAUCUCUCCUGAUUAUGGAUUUCACCUACAUAAGAAAUGCCUUGAGUUACCCCGUGAAAUCAAUCACCCUUGCCACCGCCACCAUUCUUUAUUCUUACAAUUUAACAGUGACCAUCUCCCUUGCCAAAUAUGCCAAGAAACCCAACAUGAAGGGCUGGUUUAUUGCUGUUCAAUUUGCAAGUUCGUCCUUCACACUGGAUGUGUUUCACCACCAUCCAUUACUGAGGAUCCAAGUACUCAUGAACAUCCAUUCACAAGGUGUUUAAAAAACCAGUCAUUCAACUGUGAUGCAUGUGGCACUUUAGGAAACUAUGUUUCUUAUAAUUGCUUGACAUGUAGUUUAAUGGUCCAUAAGAAAUGCAUUACAUUGCCACGCUUCAUCAAAAGCAUAUGGCAUGACCAUCCCAUUUCUCAUAAUUUCUUUGUGGUAGACAAUGAGUGUACAACACGUGAUUGUGGAUUUUGUCACGAGGAUGUGAACAUGGAGAGCGGGAGUUACUAUUGUUCUAAGUGCAAGUUCAUUAUCCAUGUGAACUGUGCACUACAGGAUGCUCGAUGGUACUACAAAAUUGAGUCAAAAGAUACGGUUAAUGCAAUGUCGGCCGUCGGUGCUUUAGAUCCAAGCUUUUUCGUUACUAAAAUGACUAAAAUUGGAGAAGAAAUUAUAAAUGCAGAGAUAAAACAUUUCAGUCAUCAACAUAAUUUAGUACUUACUGAUGAAGUUAAGGAUCGUAUGUAUUGCGAUGGCUGCAGUCAACUCAUCCUGACUUCCUUUUAUGGUUGUUUGGAAUGUGACUUCUUUCUCCACAAAUAUUGUGCCAAGUUACCUAAAAAGAAGCAAGUUAUUUCUCUCUACCACCAAGAUCCCCUUAGCCUUAUUCCACAUUGCAUUUUCAAAUGUGCACUUUGUCGUUUCAUGCGUAGUGGUUUUGCCUACAAAUGUGAGGUUUAUAUGUGUAAUGACCUUAUAUGUGUUAGGUGUGCUGAAAUUCAUUUGCCCUACAAAAGUCAAGGACAUAAGCACCCUAUUCACUUUUACCCCCAACUUAAUGGGCUAUCCUGUAAUGCUUGUGGCGGUAGUACUGAUGGUGUUUCAAUUUAUGGAUGCAAGACUUGCAGUUUUGCGGUGCAUUAUCAAUGUAUUUUGGCACCACAAAUAGCUUGGCACAAAUGGGACAAACAUUUUCUUACUCUUAGAUACCAUGAAAAUAAUGAUUAUUCAAAAUAUCAUUAUUGUGAUACUUGUGAAGAAAAAAGAAGCCCCAAUACUUGGUUUUAUCAUUGUGCAAUUUGUGACAACUCGGCACACCUCCAUUGUGUUCUUGGGGAUUACCCAUUUAUCAAGCGUGGGAGAACCUUCAUAACAAACGACCACCAGCACACUCUCAUAUCUGUGCAGAAGGCUCAUCAUCCUAAAUGUUGCAAAUGUGGUGAACCCUGCUUUGAUUUAGCUCUUGAAUGUUUGAAGGAAGAAUGCAAAUACAUUAGCCAUUGGAUGUGCAACUCAAACUACAAGAUCCUUUGGAAAGAUUCGAAAAAUCUUGUUUGA